GCUGACGUUGACCCCAUGCAGGUAGACCAGACGGUAAGUCUAGCUGACGUUGACCCCAUGCAGGUAGACCAGACGGUAAGUCUAGCUGACGUUGACCCCAUGCAGGUAGACCAGACAGUAAGUCUAGCUGACGUUGACCCCAUGCAGGUAGACCAGACGGUAAGUCUAGCUGACGUUGACCCCAUGCAGGUAGACCAGACAGUAAGUCUAGCUGACGUUGACCCCAUGCAGGUAGACCAGACAGUGCGUUUUGACAGCAUUGGGGGACUGAGCAGACACAUCUCUGCCCUGAAAGAGAUGGUGGUCUUCCCUCUGCUUUACCCAGAGGUGUUUGAGAGGUUCAAGAUCCAACCACCAAGGGGCUGUUUGUUCUACGGACCUCCUGGAACAGGGAAGACUCUAGUGGCCAGGGCGUUGGCUAACGAGUGCAGUCAGGGAGAGAGGAAGGUCUCUUUCUUCAUGAGAAAGGGAGCAGACUGCCUCAGCAAGUGGGUGGGAGAGUCCGAACGGCAGCUCCGUCUUCUCUUCGACCAGGCUUAUCAGAUGCGGCCAUCGAUUAUAUUCUUUGAUGAGGUUGAUGGGUUGGCUCCCGUCCGCUCAAGCAGACAAGACCAGAUACACAGCUCCAUCGUGUCCACUCUCCUUGCCCUGAUGGAUGGGUUAGACAGCAGAGGAGAGGUUGUGGUGAUCGGUGCUACUAACCGUCUGGACUCUAUAGACCCAGCUCUCAGGCGACCUGGACGCUUCGACCGAGAGUUCCUCUUUGGCCUGCCUGACCGAGAGGCUCGGAAGGAUAUUCUGCAGAUCCACACCAGACAGUGGACUCCCCAGCCAUCAGCCUCUUUCCUGGAGGAACUGGCAGACAAGUGUGUUGGUUACUGCGGUGCUGACAUGAAGGCGGUGUGUGCUGAGGCGGCUCUGUGUGCCCUGAGGAGACGCUACCCUCAGAUUUACUCCACGUCCCAGAAGCUGGUUUUAGAUGUGGCAUCUAUCUCCAUCGGCAGCAGGGACUUCCUGUCAGCCAUGAGGAAGACAGUCCCAGCCUCCCAGAGAGCUGUGUCGUCCCCAGCCAAGGCUCUGACUCCUGUAGUCCAGCCACUGCUUGGUGCAGCCUUACAGACUGUACUGGAUACAGUUAGCAGGCUGUUCCCACAUGCAGAACAGGGGCUCAAGAGAGACAAGCGAGACAACGGUGUCCUCCCAGCUGGUGUUUUAGAUGCCGAUCUCCUGCACAGUGAAGAUGAGGACUCUGUCAGCCUCAACGGUCUCUCUCACAAGGCCAAGGCAGCUGGGGGCUUCCUGCAUUUCAGCAGGAGCGUGCUGAACCAGCCUACAUCGUACCGUCCCAGGCUGCUGCUAGCGGGGCGUCCUGGGUCAGGUCAGAGCAGUCACCUGGCCCCUGCUGUGCUCCAUGCCCUGGAGAAGUUCACAGUUUACACCCUGGACAUGGCCGUGCUGUUCGGCGUCAGCACCACCUCUCCUGAGGAGGCCUGCGCUCAGAUGUUCUGUGAGGCCAAGAGGACGUCCCCCAGUAUCCUUUAUAUCCCUCACAUCCAGCGGUGGUGGGACACGGUGGGGUCUGCUCUCAGAGCUACCUUCCUCAGCUUGUUACAGGACAUCCCCUCAUUCUCACCCAUCCUGCUGCUGGCCACCUGUAAUGUCCCCCACAGCAGCCUCUUCCCUGAGGUCCAGGACCUGUUCUGUGCUGAGUAUGGAGAGGUGCUCCAGGUUCAGGUCCCAACCCCACAAGAGAGAAGGAACUUCUUUGACGAUCUCAUCCUAAACCAGGCUGCCAAAGCUCCUGCAUCCAAGAAGAAAGCAGUGCUUGCAGCCCUGGAGGUGCUCCCCGUGGCUCCCCCUCUUCCCCCGAGAAUGCUGACGGAGAAGGAGCAGCAGCGAUUGGAGGAGCAGGAGGAAGACACUCUCAGGGAGCUCCGCCUCUUCCUGCGUGAUGUCACCAACCGCCUCUCUCAGGACAAACGCUUCAAGGCCUUCACCAAGCCCGUCGACCUGGAGGAAGUACCUGACUAUGCUACAGUUAUAGAGCAGCCCAUGGACCUGUCCACUGUCCUCUCCAACAUCGACACUCACAAGUACGUGACCGUGAAGGAGUUUGUACACGACGUGGAUCUCAUCUGGAAGAACUGUCUGGAAUACAACCCUGACAAAGAUCCUUCAGAUCGUCAGAUCCGCCACAGAGCCUGUGCUCUGAAGGACACUGUUCAGGCCAUCGUCAAAGACGAACUGGAUGAAGACUUUGAGAAGAUCUGCGAGGAUAUCAAGGAGUCCCGUAGCACAAGAGGUUGCUCCACUUCAAGGUUCGCUCCAUCCUACUAUCACGUUCAUCCCAAGACAAGAGCAGUGGAUGCCAAGAGCACCGAUGCAGCAGGCCCCUCUAAAGAGUCUACCGCUGCUGCUCCCUCAGCUGUGACCACACCACGCCCUUCAGCAGCUCAGAAGAAGAAGCGCAGGAAGAGCCGCUGGUGCAAUGGCAUCAUCAGGAAAAGGUCCUCUCCUCACACUUCUAAAGACCACUCUGCUGUGGUGGAGUCUGGAGAGGAGGAGGAGAGGAGAGGGGCAGAGAGUGAGGAGGAGGAGGGUGGUGAUGCUGCAGAGUCAGGCCUGGAGGAGCUGGAGAUCACCGGGGCUGAGGAGACCCCCAUGGAGCAGGAGGAACCAGCCCAACAGGAGAACCAGGACAGCCAGCCCAUGGAGAAAGACACUAAGGACAGCCGGACCACGGAGGAGGCUAGCCAGGCUACAACGGAGGCUACCCAGCCCAGGGUGGAGGAAGCUGUGGAGGCUAGGGCUGGAGACCAGAGCAGUGAGGGCACCCAGGACCCUGUAGUGGUGGUUGGCGCCCAGGAAAACCACAUCUUACCAGAAGGGGGAGACAAUAGGCAGGCGUCCACUACAGACAAAACUGAGCCUCAGAGAGUGGAAGUGGAGGAAGAGAAUACCACAGAAGUAGGAGUGAGGCGUGCGGCGCGGGGCUUGAAGUACCAGGGGAUGCAGCAGGUGAUGGAUGUUGACCAGGAGAUACUGGACCAGAAGACAAAGCCCCCUGUGGUGGAUCACAACAAACUAAAGGAGCUGCUUCAGAGAGCGGUGUCUAAGACUGAGGGAUAUGAGGUCUAUCAACUGGAGAAGCUAUACGCCUUGUUGUGUCAGAGUAUCUACAGACACCGCAAAGACUACGACAAGACUGCCCUGCUGAAGGAAAUGGAAAAUGAAAUUGAAGAUUUUUCAUAAUGAGUUUUAUACAAUAAAGAUGUAGCUAGUCAUGGAUUGCACGUAGUAUUUCCCCGUUGUCUAAAUGUAUAAAGAACAAGUCUAUAACCAUAUUUUGAUAGGAAAUACACAUUUGUAUAUUUCUAACAACUUGUAUACUCUUUCUUUUAUUUAAUUAAAGUGUUUUUUUUACAA